GUGUGUAUGCAUGUGUGCGUGUGGGUGUGUGUUGUGUGGGUCCCGCGCGAGUGGCGCGUCUCUUCUCUGCCUUUGAGCCUCUUGCCCCCCGAGACCCGCUGCGGGCCCCAGCGCCCUGCAACCCGGCCUGGCGUCGUGGUGGGCCGACAUGGGCGCCGAAGAGGAGCUGCUGCGGAUCGCCAAGAAGCUACAGAAGAUGGUGACGAGGAAGAACACGGAAGGGGCCCUUGACCUUCUGAAGAAGCUCAACAGCUGCCAGAUGUCUAUCCAGCUCCUCCAGAAAACCAGGAUUGGUGUUGCCGUUAAUGGGGUCCGGAAGUACUGCUCAGACAAGGAGGUCGUGUCCCUGGCCAAAGUCCUCAUCAAAAACUGGAAGCGACUCCUGGACUCCCCUGGACCCAUUAAAGGGGAAAAAGGAGAAAAAAGAGAAAAGGCAAAGAAGAAGGGUCAAGAACUCAAGUGUUCAGAUUGGAAGUCAGAGGCAGACCUUUCUUCAGCAAGAAAAAAACGGAAGGAAGAGCCCAAAGACAGGAGAGACUCAGUGGAUUCCAAGUCUUCAGCCACCUCCUCUCCCAGGCGGUCAUCGGUGGAAAGGUCAACCAGCAGCAAGUCAAAAGCAGAGAGCAGCCCUAAAACGCCCAGCAGUCCCUUAACACCUACCUUUGCUCCUUCCAUCUGUCUCCUUGCGCCAUGCUAUCUCACUGGGGAUUCUGUCCGGGACAAGUGUGUGGAGAUGCUCUCAGCGGCACUAAAGGCUGAAGAUGACUACAAGGACUAUGGGAUCAACUGUGACAAGAUGGCAUCAGAAAUCGAAGAUCAUAUCUAUCAGGAGCUCAAGAGCACAGACAUGAAGUACCGAAACCGUGUGCGCAGCCGCAUCAGCAACCUCAAGGACCCCAGGAACCCAGGCCUGAGGCGCAAUGUGCUCAGUGGCACCAUCUCUGCUGGGCUUAUUGCCAAGAUGACAGCGGAGGAAAUGGCCAGUGAUGAACUGAGGGAAUUGAGGAACGCCAUGACCCAGGAGGCCAUCCGUGAACACCAGAUGGCCAAGACAGGUGGCACCACUACUGACCUCUUCCAGUGCAAUAAAUGCAAGAAGAAGAACUGCACCUAUAACCAGGUGCAAACGCGCAGUGCCGAUGAACCCAUGACUACCUUUGUCUUAUGCAAUGAAUGUGGCAAUCGCUGGAAGUUCUGCUGAUCAAACUGCCAGCCAGGAUUUCAGCGAGCAAGAGGAGGAAAAAUAAAGAGGAAAUACUCAGCCCUCCUAAUUGGAGAAAAAAAUUAAUAAAAUUUAAAGUAAAGAAAA